GAUAUCUGAGAGAACUGAGACAGUCGAGUGAGUGAAUCGCGGCCCCCUUUAUUUUUUACUGCUCUUUCGGAUUUGAGGGCCUUUCGGAAGUAUGCCAAGAACCUCGCAAUUAUACAGCAUAACUGUAUACGAACCCACCUGGACACAUAGAACACCAAAAGCUUGAGGCAUGCCUUUCAGAGCGCUGUGCCGCUGCAAGACAAUUUGGAAGCCAACACGCUUCGGUUCUCUUCAUGGGUUCCACCGCCAGCUCUGAGGCGGCGGUGAGGGCGCUCCUGCAGCAAGACGUGGCGCGCACCAGCCAGGACCAGCAGGCUGGGGGCAAGCAGCUGUGGGCGGGCGAGCUGGGUCACGGGGGGCAAAGAGAAGGCCUUGUGACUCUUUGCCACACGCACGGGCCUUGCAUGUGACGCGCUGGCGUUGCUCCCGGCGGCUUCAGCCUGGGGCACCGCGUCUAGUUCGCGGCCGGAGUGAAGUGCUCGGCUUUGUGCUGGCGCUCCCCUGGACGGUGGGACAGCUGGGGUUUGCGUGGUGGCUGCGAACACGGGGCCCCACAUUUACGACUGCGUCAUGCCAAUACGUCGGCGCCAGCUUCACCAGUGUGGCCGCCAUGGGUCUCCGCCGCGGCGUUCCACUUUGCACUGCUGCUGUUCCUGGAUGCCAGCGUGGCGGAGACCAUGGCGGCCACACUAGUGAAGCUGGCGCCGACGUACUGGCAUGACGCAGCCGCAUAUCUGGGCCCCCGUGUUCGUAUCCACCACACAAACGUCAGCUGCCCCACUGUCCAGGGGAGCGCCAGCACAAAGCGUGUGCCAGCAUGACCUGGCGUGUGACCGUGCGUUGUCGUGAUAUGGCGGGUGACCAGAGCUGGCACGGUUCGUGUUGGUCAGGCUGCCUUAGACUUGCGUGGGUGAAGGGUUGUGGGUUUGAAGCCAAGCAAGCAGUUUGGGGCUGUUAUGGACGUCAAUAGUUGACGUGCCAUCUGCGUCUGGAGGUGAGAGCGUCAGCGAGUUUGGGGUGACGUGCAUCCGGAUGGGGCCUGUUGCGCCUCCGCGCUGAUGGAUCUGACAGCCGACAGCUCUGCCCGUGUCUGUGUGAAGGGUGUGUUGUCUGACGCCUUCCCAGUGCUCAACGGCCUGCCGCAGGGCAGCACCGCCUCACCUCCGCUGUGAGUCAUCCAACUGCAGCCGCUGACCGCCGCGGGGGCGGCGGCGGCGAUGGUGGUGGUGGAGGGCCUGGCCCCACCAGCGAGCAGCAGCAGCAGCGGCAGCGGCCCUGGGCCCAGCAGUGGCGGCGUGCAUGUGCGUAGCGGAGGGGGCGAGCAAGGCCGCAUGGAGGAGGACAGCGCGGCGUCGCCCAAGAAGCGGCGCCGGUGCGCAGAUUGAGGCCGGCCAGUGUCUGGUCAGGGUCUUUGCAGGCGAGCAUAGCUAGCAUCGCGCAGUAUGUGGUACGCCGCAGCAGUGAGGAGUGUUGUGGCUAGAGGAUUUCCUGCUGUUUGGUUGAUUGCUGGCUGUGCUUGUGCUUGGCAGCGAGACGUGGCUGGACGCAUGGCGGGCCGUGCCUGCACGAACCGACCCGGCUAUGUCCGGGAGAUGAUGUAGACGCUUGCGGCCUCAGAUUAGAGACUUGGCGUGGGCGCAGCCGACUUCUCCCUUGCGAGGGAAGACCACAUGUCUUGUCCAUGUGACAGAAUGCAUGGUUACAAGAACGACCCGGUAUGACAGGUCUGCUGGUAACCCUAUUAUCGAAGAUGCUCUACGACGAACGACGAACAAUGCUCAGUCGAGGAAGCCAGCGAGCACAGUAGUUGGAGAGGCCUAGGGCAUACCCGGGCGCCAAAGAUCCAACGGCUGAAACUGCUAGGAUUAGGGAUAGAGAUGGUGACUGAGGCCCCGGCCUGAUGCGCGUUUCAUGGCCAGGGCCCGUGCGGGCGGUCACCCUUACGCAUCCAUGCACCUUGGGGGCAGCCACACAUCCCCGCCGCGAGAGCAGGGGAGCGCCUUGGGAGCUCGGUCAAGGUGUGAGCUGUGCUACAGGUUCAACUGUCCAAGUGAGUGUGCAAAAAGGGAAGGCAUGAAUGGCAUGGAUGGCGUGUGAGAUGUGCACCGUGGACCAGGGGAACUCCUGCCGUGGACCCGUGGCCAUGUUCACAUCCCUUGUAUGAAU